GCUCGCAGAUGGGUCAAGGGCUGUGGAGAGUGGCUAGAAACCAGCAACUUCAACAGGAAAGCUAUAGUGAGCAAGGUUACCUCACUAGAGAGCAGAGUAGGAGGAUGACUGCUGGUGGUAUUUCUAACGCAAACCAUCGCAAACAGGCCCAAGGAGGCAUUGACAUAUAUCAUCUUUUGAAAACAAGGAAAUCUAAAGAACAGGAAGGAUUCAUUAAUUUGGAAAUGCUGCCUCCUGAACUAAGUUUUACCAUUUUGUCAUACCUGAAUGCAACUGAUCUCUGCCUGGCUUCAUGUGUUUGGCAGGACCUUGCUAAUGAUGAGCUUCUCUGGCAAGGGUUGUGCAAAUCCACUUGGGGUCACUGUUCCAUAUACAAUAAGAACCCACCUCUAGGCUUUUCCUUUCGAAGACUGUAUAUGCAGCUGGAUGAAGGCAGCCUCACCUUUAAUGCCAAUCCAGAUGAGGGAACAAGAUUCUCCAAAGGACACCCACCGUUCAUGUCUUGGAAGGGUAACCAAACUCCACAGCAACAGCUCCAGAGCUGGCGGUGGCUCACGGGGUGGGGGAGAGCAUCUACACACUUUGUGGGAGUGAACUACUUUAUGUCCAAGGGCAUCCUCGAUGAUUCACCAAAGGAAAUAGCAAAGUUCAUCUUUUGUACAAGGACACUAAACUGGAAGAAGCUGAGAAUCUAUCUUGAUGAAAGCUUGUCAGUAAUUUCUGACACUUCUUUUUUCUCUUUAGAUGCUGUCUAUGUACUGUGCUACUCUUUGAUCCUGCUUUCCAUUGACCUUACUAGUCCUCAUGUGAAGAACAAAAUGUCAAAAAGAGAAUUUAUCCGAAACACCCGACGUGCUGCUCAGAACAUUAGUGAAGAUUUUGUAGGGCACCUUUAUGACAACAUCUACCUUAUUGGCCAUGUGGCUGCAUAAAAGCACAACUGUUAGGACUUCAGAUUUGAAGGUGAAAACAACUAAAGCUACCCAAGAAAUUAUUUUGUAGAUAGGGGGUUACACUAGUGCUGGUCAUUCUAACCUCUGCAUUCAAUCAAGUGUGUGUAUAUUGCCUUUUUUUUUAGUAAUUUACCAUGGGAACAAAGGAUUUUGCAGAAAUUUUUCUUAAUUUUCCUUAUCAUGUUUUGCACAAAGCAGAGCCAUUAGUCUGACACAACCAUUUAAGAAUGUUUAAACUGACAUUACACUAAAAAGUGGUAAAUUUGUGCAUUUGAUUUGCUUCAAAAAUCUUAACCAGUUCCAUCCUUUUAUAAAAUGCCAUAUAAUGUGUACAUACUUAACU